CACGGAGCUUCAACUCUCUACCACCUGCGACCGCCUUGUGCCUCUCCCAAACAGCGUCCACAACGCAACUCUCAUUCUUGAUUAUAUCCCGAACUUUUGCGUAUUGUUUGUCGCCGCUUCAGGUUCACACGCACCUGCGUUCCUGAUCUCGAGCCCCAACCCUAAGAGGUUGGCUACCUCACUUCCUAGCCUGUUCAAAGUCGCUAGCGAUCCCCAGAACCGACACGUUCCUCGAGUUUUGACGCGACCAUGGCGUCCGAUAGUGACUUGGGUCGCUACCGGAUAGCUAUCGAAGAUGAAGAUGUCAGAGAUAGACAAACCUGGGCUGAUGUUAAACGAACGUGGUAUUCCCGGGCCGCCGAAAAGCCUUCCUCGCGUCUCUGGCAGGUAUUUCUAUCCGUGUUUGGUACCGGGUACUCAAAUUUCAUUCUGGGUAUCGGGAAGAGCAUCGGACAAGGCGGUUGCCGCAGCAUCGGGGCAAUGUCGUUCAUGGCCAACUUGCAGGUGGUUUCUGCAAGCGAGUCAACAACGUCGUCAAACCCGACACCUUUGCUGCGGGAUACAGCCUUGCUUGACUACAUUAUCUACGGUAGCGUGCUUCCUUCUAUGGCCCUACUGUGGUAUAUAGGCCCAAGGACGACCCAACCAUCGUUUGUAAUCACGCUUUUGUUUGCCUUUCUCUGGCUUGCUGCUGUGAAUACCUCAUCUCUGUUGGAUAUUCGGACAACGUAGGUAACACUGCCUCUGUUAUUCCGGACGAUACUGAUAAGCUGCUAGUAUU